UAGCAACUAGUACUUUACAGUGAGAUGACCUCUUCUUGCUGGCAUGCAGCUGUCAGGCAAUGAAUAGACUAGACGGCCCAAACAAACAAUUGCAAGCUAGCUAGCUAGCCUAGACGGCCCAAACAAACAAUUGCAAGCUAGCUAGCUGGGCCGAGCCAUGGCUAUGCCAAGAUUCCUAUACAGUGUCACCGCCUCCAUGCUGAAAGCACCACUACUGAAUGAGAACACAAGUGAUGAUGAAUUAGAGCUGGCAUUAUCAGCAGAUCAAAACCCACCCUCUGAAGAUCAUAGUGACAGAUUCGACCAAGAGGUCGUACUGAGCCCCAUAGAAAUUGAAAAGACGAAAUCAGAUAUUUACACAUCUGCUCGAUUAGCUGCGGCUGGAAUUCCCGAUCCUAUUAACGAAGAAGAUGGUCCUAACGAAUAUUAUGAUCCUAUCGAAGAUGACGAUGAACAGCUGUUAGGUGUGUCUAGUCGUGGGCACGCUGUGAACGCCCCAGAGGGAGGACACGGGGCCUACAAAGAGAUUUCAUACAAUUAUCAAAUGAGGUCUUCCCCUCGUCCCUCCAGUACAGUGUCUGUUGGUGAUGAUGCUAUUCUGUACAAGAAUGACAGGACUAGAACUAAGCACGAGGAUGCAGCCCUGUACGUGAGAGAAGGUGAAGACAACGACAAACUCUACCAGCACCCCCGGGGGAAAUGGUCCAAGCGUGCGUACCAGGUCCUCCACAGCACAGUGUACCAUGUGUUCAACCUCUGUGUGUGUACUCUACUACUGUUCCUAGCACUCAUGGAGCACCCCUAUCUAGGGGAAGAGGCUAACCUGCCGGAGAGCACCCUCGUUACCGUCAUUGUGGUACACGCUCUGCUGGAGAUCUUCCUGCUGUCCCUCCUCUGGCUGGACAUGGUGCUCAGGUUCCUCUGGUUCAGACCAAAAAACUUCUUCACUCACAAGAGAACUUUGCUCAUUCUUGUUGUGCUGGUGGUGAUGAGUGUGGAGGCCGUAGUAGUGUUGGCACGACAACAAAAUCACAUUCGGAUCACACGAGCACUGAGACCAAUCUUUCUAGUUGACACUUACCUCAUGCACGGAGUCCGAAGAGUCCUGCGCCAGAUAUUCCUAUGUAUUCGACCCAUCUUGGAUGUGAUAGUUCUCCUCAUUCUAUCUCUAGUGCUCUUCUCCCUACUAGGCUAUCUCAUCUUUGCUGAGCUGGACAUUACGUACUUUGAGAGCUUCAAGAGAACUCUGGUCAGCUUCUUCAUCGCCUCAACCACUGCAAACUAUCCGGAUAUCUGGUUAGAGGCAUACAUUCGACAACCAGCCUCCGCUCUGUUCUUCAUCCUCUACAUUAUCGUCAUGGUCUACUUCAUCUCCAAUGUGCUGUUAGCUGUCGUGUACAGUAGCUUCAGUGAAGCUGACAAGAAUAAAUUCAAGAAGCUGUUCUUGCACAAAAGGGAUGCUCUUCGUCAUGCCUACAAUGUCCUGGCCACCUCCCUGGAUGGUAUCAAGUUCCAUGACUUCCUACUCUUCAUGCACAAGUACAGACCUCGUAUACCCGAGUGGCAGGUCAUGUGUAUAUUCAAGGUCCUGCACAGUGGCCGCCGUAUCUCUACCAGCAGUGAUGAUGACGACGAGGGAGUCAAGGAUCUCAGCCUGGAGCAGUUCUAUGGGUUCUACGAGGUCUUCAACCUCAAGUGGAAGCGGGUAUCCUCGGAGGGGGAGGAGCUGACAUGGUUUCAACACUCUCGUCCUUCCAUUAAAAUCCCUGCAAAAAUUGUGCACAAGAUUGUCAAGAGCAAUCUAUUCAACUUUGUCAUCAAUAUGUUAUUGGUAGCUAACCUCAUCUUUCUGGUUUCCUACACUUACUUCAUUGACAAGACAGACGUUAGCAAUCGUUUCUUCAUUCUCAACAACGUGGUGGCUGUCUCUCUCGUCUUUGUUUGCAUUUAUGUUCUGGAGAUUUGCCUGAGGAUAUUUGGACUGGGCCUGUACAACUACUUCAGAAAACCACAAAACAUAUUGGACACUCUGGUCAUCUUCACAAGCUUUGUGCUACUGAUCUUAGAGGCUGUUAGCCCCGCCCACUCUGCACUAGCCGUCUUCCGUCCUGUAAAAUUUAUUCGUCUUCUUCGUCUGAAACGUCGUUACCGUGACAUCAUCAACACCCUCUACGUGCUUAGCAGACGACUUAUUAGUGUCGGACUUCUUCUACUCGUCGUUUAUUACGCUUUUGCCAUAAUUGGAAUGGAAUUUUUAAGUGACACAGUUUUUGAAGGUUGCUGCAACGAGAGCAUGUACGGCGUGGGCGAGUAUUAUAGCGGAAUGAACGAGACCAACUCAAACUUCACGAUCAACGUUUACUACAUCCUCAACUUUAACAAUGUUCUCAGGAGCUAUGUGACUCUGUUUGUGCUCAUGGUGAUCAACAACUGGUUCAUUAUCAUGGAGGGCUUUGCCUCCACCUCCCCCAAUGGUUGGCUGGUACGGAUCUACUUCAUGAGUUUCUACGUCAUCACUCUGAUGGUGCUACAAGUGAUCAUCUCGUUCAUUGUUGAGGCCUUUGUGUUCAAGAUCCAGGCCAAGGAGAGAAGACGACGCUGCCACAAGCACCCUGACCAGUACUGUGAAUGUCACAAAGAAAACGAAGGCAAGAAAGUGGCCAAUAUCAAGCUGAUCAAGGCGGACAUUGACAAGCUACGCUAUGAGAUGACAUACAGUGAUCAGACUGAAGGUGUGACCUCCCUCAACAAGUGGAUCAGACAUCGGAGGAGAGUGAACCUGGACAGUCUAACGGAUACCCAGAGCUUAUUCGGGGGACUCGGGAUCUACUUGGCCUACACUGGACGCAGAUUGAGGACUAAGGAUGACAUACAUCUGCUCAUGUACAGGAGCGAACUAGUGCACUGGAUCCAGGAGAAGGACCAGGAGAUGGACCGUGAGGCAGGGAAGCUGGAGGAGGUAAAGAAAGGAAAGGCUUCCUGGAGGAAAAGCUGUGGGGUGGCAUGGAAGUACCUCAAAAGUGGCCUGCUCUAUAUCGUGGAAUAAAAGACAAUUAACCAUUUGCUUGUAUAUAAUUAUGUACAUGUAUAUGUAAUGUUUGUUUCUGGUAAUAAUAUUUAUAUUUGUAUACAGUGUAUAUGGUUUUUAUUGCAAUUUUUUGUGCUUUGUUAUGUUAUGAUGAUUACAAUGUGUACACAAAAGAC